CCUUCAAUACUAAAGAACUACUAGUAUAUAGUACCGAGUGUGUAUGUGCUAAGACGCACAAACACAGAGUGCUAAAGAGAGGGAUUCAAGAAAAGAAGGCAGUUAGUCUUGUUAGAAGCCUGCAUUGUGGGGUGGACUAAUCUUGUUGGUUGAACUGAGGAUAUAAGAGAAGCCCUUUUGAGGAUUUUGGCAUUUAGGACUAAUUGGAGUUGGAUUGGAUUGGAAGUAGUGAGCUUUGAUAAGAAAGUUUAGGACUUGGGGAAGAAUUGCUCAUCUGUAAUUCUGCUGGAUUCAUCAUCUUGAAUUUUGUGAUAUUCUUGGUGGAAGUUGAGAAUUUGAGGAUUUGGAGGGAAGGGGAAUACAGCAAGGAAAGCUGCAUGAGGACAUAGUGAAACGAUGAGAGAUGAAAAUUCCAAGAAAAGCAAGCUCUCAUGGUCAAAGAAAUUGGUUAGAAAAUGGUUCAAUAUCAAGGGAAAGGCAGAGGAAUUUCAGGCUCAUGAAGUUGUCUAUGGCGGAGGUGAUGUGGAGUGGAGGAACAGCUUUUCCGAAAGGGAACCGCCUACAAUUAAGAAAAGUAGAACAGAGAGAUCAAGCAGGAAUUUGGAGCGUUCGCGCAGGAGUAGAGUUGAUCUGGAUCAUCCUCAGAUUAUAAAUGUCCACAAUUACAGUAUGUUUGUAGCCACAUGGAAUGUGGGUGGAAAAUCACCACCAAAUAACUUGAACCUAGAUGAUUGGCUACAUUCAGCACCUCCUGCAGAUAUCUAUGUCCUUGGGUUUCAGGAGAUAGUUCCUUUGAAUGCUGGUAACAUUUUGGGUGCUGAGGACAAUGGACCUGCCAAAAAGUGGAUUUCUCUGAUCCGGAAGACACUUAACAAUGGCCCUGGUACAAGUGGAGGUAGUGGAUGUUACACACCAUCUCCUGUUCCUGAACCAAUUGUCGAGUGGAAUGCAGAUUUUGAGGGGUCAACCAGGCAAAAGGCCUCCAAGUUUCUUCCUCGUCGAUCCUUUCAGACACCCCAAUGCUGGAGAAUGGAUAAUGACAUGUCCAUUCCACAUCCUCGCCUUGAUCGGCGGUUCAGUGUUUGUGACCGUGUAAUUUUUGGCCACAGGGCUAGUGACUUCGAUCCUAAUGCUAGAUGGGGUCAUCGACCCAGUGAUUGUUCAUCUAGUCAGAGGCCAAGUGACUAUUCUUCUGGCUACAGGCCGAGUGAUUAUUCCUCCGGGUGCAGGCCCAGUGAUUAUUCCUCCGGUCGCAGGCCGAGUGACUAUUCCUCUGGCCGCAGGCCGAGUGACUAUUCUUGGGGUCAGAGGCCUAGUGACUUUUCUAGGUGGGGUUCAUCUGAUGAUGAUUAUGGCGCUGGCGAUUCACCUAGUACUGUGCUGUUUUCACCAAUGUCGUGCAGUGGAUAUGCACCAAUGGAAGAUGGAUAUGGAAUGCCAGCGCAUUCAAGGUACUGUUUAGUUUCAAGCAAGCAGAUGGUGGGGCUUUUUCUUACUGUCUGGGUGCGCAGUGAGUUAAGGGAAUCCGUUCGUAACUUGAAGGUAUCCUGUGUGGGUAGAGGAUUGAUGGGCUAUCUCGGGAAUAAGGGAUCCAUUUCAGUCAGCAUGUUGUUGCAUCAGACAAGCUUUUGUUUUGUAUGCAGUCAUUUGACCUCAGGGCAGAAGGAGGGUGACGAAUUGCGACGCAAUUCUGAUGUGAUGGAGAUCCUUAAGAAGACUAGGUUUCCACGGGUUCAAGGCAUAGGAGAUGAGAAGUCUCCAGAAACAAUUCUCGGACAUGAUCGGGUUGUCUGGCUUGGGGAUCUCAAUUACCGAGUGGCCCUUUCAUAUCGGACUGUUAAAGCUCUUGUAGAAAUGCAAAACUGGAGAGCAUUGUUAGAAAAUGACCAGUUGCGGAUAGAACAGAGACAUGGUCGUGUGUUUGACGGCUGGAAAGAAGGGAAGAUAUAUUUUCCACCAACAUACAAGUAUUCACAUAAUUCAGACAGAUAUGCAGGAGAUGACUUGCACCCGAAGGAGAAAAGACGAACACCAGCGUGGUGUGAUCGCAUUCUAUGGUAUGGAAGGGGUCUUCAGCAAUUAUCAUAUGUCCGUGGUGAAUCUAGAUUUUCAGAUCAUAGACCAGUGUCAAGCGUAUUUUGGGCUGAAGUUGAGUCAGUACCUAAUAGAUUAAGGAAAAGCAUGAGUUGUUCAAGCUCCAAGAUACAGGUGGAGGAAUUGUUGCCAUACUCGCAUGGCUACACGGAACUCUGCUUUUUUUAAUGACAGAGGAGAUUGUAAAUAGUAGGAUUUGGCGGGAAUUGCUUUCAACAUACUCAAAACCUGAAGUGUGAUGGGGACCUUCCUUCCCACUAACCAAAAAAGGUGUAGAUACGUUGAUUCUAACUGCAUACAACCCGAGCUUGAUGUUCCUCUAACCACCAUUUGUUCAAAGCAAAUAACAUUAAACCAUAUUGAAGCACAGUUUCAUUCAAUUAACAGAUUGAUAAAAUCCCACUUCGGAGGUGUCUUGAAAUCUCCAGAGCAGCAUCUGUUAUCCUGCAUUUUGAUCAGAGAUCGACAAUUGAAGACUGCCUUCCAAGUGGGAAAAUGAUGAUUGCUAUUUUCAUUGAAGAUUCUUUAUUUGUUGGGUUAGAGAUUCGAUGUCUGCAAGAGAAUGAUGCAUGGUCAAAAUAAUCAUUUGGGCUUUUUUUUGCCUUUUUGUUUCAAAUGAAGAGAGGAAGUAAAGAUCUGACGUAUACUCAUUGCUAACGUGAUAGAAGAGAAAAGGACUAAUGAGUUUCUUGUAGGCAUUUUGGUCACUGUUGAUGCCAAUGAUUUUACUGAAAAGUGGUUUUCUUGGUUAUCUCCUCCUGCCUUGUUCUCUAUUGUCUACUUUUCUUUACCCUGCAAAAGCUAACCAGAAGCCACAAAAGUAGGAGACAAGUUUACAGAUAUGGCAGGUGAAUUGGUAGAGAGAAGGCAUGAUUCAGAACUUCUCUCCCUUCAAAGUUGUGGAGUAAUAAAGAGAUGCCAUUCACAUUUGUC